AUGGGGUACUGCGGUCCGUUUACGUUUGAGUCAGGAUUCUGUCAGAGACUGAAGGAUUACAUCACCACCAACCUGCAGUGGGUCAGACAGCAGAUGGAGGAGCAUCCACACUGUCCCUACUGGCACCAGGUAUUGGCUGGGUCUGGGUCAGCCAAUGUGCUAAAUCACCAAGUAUCUACUAUUUUUCUCUAUGUAUCUAAACAUUAAAGAACUCUUGCUAGAGUGGAUCAUUCAGUACACACUUGGGAUCUAAUAAGAACAUCUUAGUAAGAUGACAUUUUUUAUUUAGACUUUCUCUCGCUCAGGUGCGGUUGGCGUUGCUGUAGCUGAAAGGUCUGGAAAACGGCUACAAUGAUCAGCUGUCAUUUCCCAGAGACCCUUUCACUCUCAACCCCUUUGGCUUCCUGUAAGUGUGGUCUGUGACCUCUGUGAUUGAUGGGUUAGAGUUCACCCAUAGAUAAUUAUAGAGUACUCUAGUGCCCAAAAGCCAUUUUAGCAUGGGCAGCGCCAUUCAGGACUUUCACCAUUUUUAAGUAGUCAACUGGGUGGGACUUCCUAUGGGUUAAGGAAGGAUCACAUCAUUCCAUCCAGGUCAUCAGGAGGGAUCAGCCAAGGAAUAAUACUUGUGCGCAAACAUUCCAUAAUUGCAGGUGGCAGUAAAUCGCCAACCUUGGCUUUAUCUGUUCAAACAACACACUGCAAGUGGCCGUAUGCACCCUUUCAGUUUGUUUACCAACUCAUAGAAGUAGUAGAAGAAGAAAAUUGACUACUUCAAAAUGGAAAUGGCCACAAUGGCUCUGCCCGUACACUCACAGACUGCAUAAUUGGACAGAUACAAAGAAGAGUCCUCUAUCAUUCUCUAUGAGGUCAGCCCAGCAGUGACAGUCUCUGUAAGUGCCCUUGAUUUUACUCACCCAGAGUACCUAUCUCAGGAAUAAUGUGAGGAGUUCCAAUGGGGAAAACUAUUAGGGUGAGCUAAAUCAAGUGUGCCCAAUGACACCUUGCAUCACUGCUCUGACCAAACUCUCUAUUUCUCUGUGGCUAUUCCAUAGAGUAUGAUAGAGGCCUCUAGUGGCCAAAAGGCCGUUUUAGCACGGCCACCAUUUUAAUGUAGUCAACUGGGUGGGACUUCCAACUUCAUUGGCUGAUCCCUCCUGGUGACCCUGUUGGAGUCAAGUGCAACCAGGUCAUCAGGAGGGAUCAGCCAAUCGGGAAGAAGAAGAAAAUGUACUACUUCAAAAUGGAGAUGGCCUCAAUGGCGCUGCCCAUGCUGUCACAGACGCCAUAAUGGCAUGGAUACAAUGAUGAGGCCUCUUUCCAUCACUAUGAGCUAUUCAGACUUUUCCAGAUGGGAGGAGACCUGGUGGAUCUUGAGGGGGCCCUAAACAAAUCUAGCCAAUCACGGACGCUGGGCUCUGGCUCCUGCUCCGCCCUCAUCAAGCUAUUGCCUGGCAACAAGGAUCUGCUGGUGUCUCAUGAUACCUGGAACAUCUACCAGGCCAUGCUGCGCAUCCUAAAGAAGUACCAGUUCGCCUACCGUGUCUCUCCUACAGGUAACCUUUUACCCCUAAAACUCUCAUAAGGUUAACUUAACUAUGCCUACAGCGUCUCCUAAUGUCCCCCCUUUCCCCCCUAACAUACACACUCUUAAUGAAACCCUCCUGGAAACUCUGCUUGUGACCACUGGGAAAGGCCAAACAUGAGUUAUGUGGUUCAGAGUUCUAUAUUUUAUGGUUCUGAGUUUGAUUUCUGUGUUCUGUUGUUCUCAGACAGUGAUCCGAUCCCUGGCGGAACCCAGGCGUUCUCCUCCUACCCAGGGUCCAUCUUCUCCGGAGACGACUUCUACAUCCUUAGCACCGGGCUGGUGAGCGCUGUGUAUAAUAUGUGUGGACAUAGUAUCCAGGCUCUGUCGUAGCCGGCCGCGACCGGGAGACCCAUGGGGCGGCGCACAAUUGGCCCAGCAUCGUCCAGGGUAGGGGAGGGAAUGGCCGGCAGGGAUGUAGCUCAGUUGGUAGAGCAUGGCGUUUGCAACGCCAGGGUUGUGGGUUUGAUUCCCACGGGGGGCCAGUAUGAAAAAAAGUAUAAUAAUGUAUGCACUCACUAAACUGUAAGUCGCUCUGGAUAAGAGCGUCUGCUAAAUGACAAAAAAACAAAUAUAAUAAUAAUAAAAAAUUGUAAACUCUGCAAAAAAAGAAAUGUCCUCUCACUGUCAACUGCGUUUAUUUUCAGCAAACUUAACAUGUGUAAAUAUUUGUAUGAACAUAACAAGAUUCAACAACAGAGACAGAUGAACGUACUUUGGUGCGGAAAGUGCAAAUCAAUCCCAGAACAACAGCAAAGGACCUUGUAAAGAUGCUGGAGGAAACAGGUACAAAAGUAUCAAUAUCCACAUUAAAACAAGUCCUAUAUCGACAUAACCUGAAAGGCCGCUUUGCAAGGAAGAAGCCACUGCUCCAAAACCGCCAUAAAAAAGUCAGACUACGGUUUGCAACUGCACAUGGGGACAAAGAUCAUACUUUUUGGAGAAAUGUCCUCUGGUCUGAUGAAACAAAAAUAUAACUGUUUGGCCAUAAUGACCAUUGUUAUGUUUGGAGGAAAAAGGGGGUGCUUGCAAGUUGAAGAACACCAUCCCAACCGUGAAGCACAGGGUGGCAGCAUCAUGCUGUGGGGGUGCUUUGCUGCAGGAGGGACUGGUGCACUUCACAAAAUAGAUGGCAUCAUGAGGAAGGAAAAUUAUAUGGAUAUAUUGAAGCAACAUCUCAAGACAUCAGUCAGGAAGUUAAAGCUUGGUCGCAAAUGGUUCUUCCAAAUGGACAAUGACCCCCCAGCAUACUUCCAAAGUUGUGGCAAAAUGGCUUAAGGACAACAAAGUCAAGGUAUUGGAGUGGCCAUCACAAUGCCCUGACCUCAAUCCUAUAGAACAUUUGUGGGCAGAACUGAAAAAGCGUGUGUGAGCAAGGAGGCCUAUAAACCUGACUCAGUUACACCAGCUCUGUCAGGAGGAACGAGCCAAAAUUCACCGAACUUAUUGUGGGAAGCUUGUGGAAGGCUACCUGAAACAUUUGAUCCAAGUUAAACAAUUUAAAGGCAAUGCUACCAAAUACAAAUUGAGUGUAUGUAAACUUCUGACCCACUGGGAAUGUGAUGAAAUAAAUAAAAGCUGAAAUAAAUCUCUCUCUACUAUUAUUCUGACAUUUCACAUUCUUAAAAUAAAGUGGUGAUCCUAACUGACCUAAGACAGGGAAUUUUUACUAGGAUUAAAUGUCAGGAAUUGUGAAAAACUGAGUUUAAAUGUAUUUGGCUAAGGUGUAUGUAAACUUCCGACUUCAACUGUAUGUGUGUGUAGUAUUUGUUUUUUUAAAGAUGUCUCUCCAUAGGUUACCUUGGAGACCAGCAUCGACAACAGUAACCCCGCCCUCUGGAAAUUUGUUCAACCAACCGGAGCAGUUAUGGAGUGGCUGAGGAACAUCGUAGCCAAUAGGCUGGCUGCAACCGGCAAGGAGUGGGCAGAGAUUUUUAGCAAACACAACAGCGGAACGUGAGUCUCUGUAGACCAUCUGGGCAUCUUCCCCUUCUUCCUGUAGACUCUCAUUGACCUGUGGAUGUCUACCAUGAUGGUUAUCUCUCCAGUCCUGUCAGACCAGAAAACAAACCCUCAUACAAGCUAUUUAACUGUCCAUUUUAAAGGACACUAGGAGAUGAAGAGUGAAGGGAACUAUCCCUUUAAGGAAUUAAGUAAAGUAAAAAAAAAGAGGUUAUAACAUAUCAGAGUGGUCAGGUGACUUGAGUGAGAAUUUUUUUCUCGGGGGGGGGGGGGUGAUAGUGGACUACAGGCAUUUCACUCCGGGGAUGACAGAGACCAAGGAGCAGCUGUUUACUGUACUGAGCAGCUCCCGUAAGAGUCAACACACACGGGUUGUCACGAUACCAGUGUCGAGAUACUAGGAAGGAAAGGAAACCUUAAUUCAUUUAUUGAGGAAAACAGUCCUCAUGUUGUUACACAGAGUCACAUUUGUUUAUUUUGCAAGCUAUAGCACACCAAUAUUUUACAUAAAGUAGGUUUUUAAAGGACCAUAAAGUUUGUUUUUUUUGCCAAGGAAAAUCCGGUAUCGUAGUAUCUCGAUACUGGUAUCGUGACAACCCAAACACACACAUACUCACACUCACACACACACACUCACAUUGCAUAAAUGUUAUGUGUGUUCUUGCUGCUGUGGUGAGCUGGCUAUUUAUCAAUAACAGCAAUAAGUGUGUGUGUGGUUCUCUUCUGUUCUGUAGUGGGCUGGUUGUUCACUCUGAUAAAACCCAGGACUUGCUUUAGAAAGGUUACUGGUCCAGUUAUAACAUCCCGUAAGUACCAAUAACAACAAAUGUAUAACUACCACACACUAGUAAUGGCUAUAUUAUUAAUAGGUGGUGACUGUGUCGGUCUCUCAGGUUUGUUCUGAUCACAAAAAAAUGACCUGUGUAUAUGUGUGACGCAUACUCUCUCACUGUGUGUGUGUGUGUGUGUGUGUGUGUGUGUGUGUGUGUGUGUGUGUGUGUGUGUGUGUGUGUGUGUGUGUGUGUAGGUACUAUGAAGAGGUGUUUAAUGCCAGUGGCUGUCGAGAACUGGUUAAACAGUUUGGUCCAUGGUUCUCUCUGGACAUGAACCCUCGAGCCCAGAUCUUCAGAAGGAACCAAUCACACGUCACAGACAUGGACUCCAUGGUCCGCCUCAUGAGGUAUGCUCUUCCAGUCAGAGGCUUCUACGCCAGAUGCCACAGGGGGAGAGGGACAGAUCUGCAUUUACAUUUACAUUACAUUUUCGUCAUUUAGUAGACGCUCUUAUCCAGAGCGACUUACAAAUUGGUGUAUUCACCUUAUGAUAGCCAGUGGGACAACCACUUUACAAUAGUUUUUUUUUUUUUGGGGGGGGUGGGGUAAGGGGGGAUAGAAGGAUUACUUUAUCCUAUCCCAGGUAUUCCUUAAAGAGGUGGGGUUUCAAGUGUCUCCGGAAGGUGGUGAGUGACUCCGCUGUCCUGGCGUCGUGAGGGAGCUUGUUCCACCAUUGGGGUGCCAGAGCAGCGAACAGUUUUGACCGGGCUGAGCGGGAACUGUGCUUCCGCAGAGGUAGGGGAGCCAGCAGGCCAGAGGUGGAUGAACGUAGUGCCCUCGUUUGCGUGUAGGGACUGAUCAGAGCCUGAAGGUACGGAGGUGCCGUUCCCCUCACAGCUCCGUAGGCAAGCACCAUGGUCUUGUAGCAGAUGCGAGCUUCAACUGGAAGCCAGUGGAGUGUGCGGAGGAGCGGGGUGACGUGAGAGAACUUGGGAAGGUCGAACACCAGACGGGCUGCGGCGUUGUAGGGGUUUAAUGGCACAGGCAGGGAGCCCAUCCAACGGCAAAUUGCAGUAAUCCAGACGGGAGAUGACAAGUGCCUGGAUUAGGACCUGUGCCGCUUCCUGUGUAAGGCAGGGUUGUACUCUGCGAAUGUUGUAGAGCAUGAACCUACAGGAUCGGGUCACCGCCUUGAUGUUAGCGGAGAACGACAGGGUGUUGUCCAGGUUCACGCCAAGGCUCUUUGCACUCUGGGAGGAGGACACAAUGGAGUUGUCAACCGUGAUGGCGAGAUCAUGGAACGGGCAGUCCUUUCCCGGGAGGAAGAGCAGCUCCGUCUUGCAGAGAUUCAGCUUGAGGUGGUGAUCCGUCAUCCACACUGAUAUGUCUGCCAGACAUGCAGAGAUGCGAUUCGCCACCUGGUUAUGGUCUAUGUACGAGUAUCCUUACCUACAGUAUCCUUACCUACAGCUGUAUACGAGUAUCCUUACCUAUAGUGCAUUCGGAAAGUAUCCAGACCCCUUGACUUGUUCCACAUUUUGUUACGUUACAGCCUUAUUCUAAAAUUGAUUAAAUUGUUUUUUUCCCUCAUCAAUCUACACACAAUACCCCAUAAUGACAAAGCAAAAACAGGUUUUUGCUCUGACAUGCACUGUCAACUGUGGGACCUUAUAUAGACAGGUGUGUGCCUUUCCAAAUCAUGUCCAAUAAAUUCAAUUUACCACAGAUGGACUCCAAUAAAGUUGUAGAAACAUCUCAAGGAUGAUCAAUGGAAACAGGAUGCACCUGAGCUCAAUUUCGAUUCUCAUAGCAAAGGGUCUGAAUACUAAUGUACAUUUCUAAAAACCUAUUUUUGCUUUGUCAUUAUGGUGUAUUGUGUGUAGGUUGAUGAGGAUUUGUAUUUAUUUAAUCCAUUUUAGAAUAAGGCUGUAAUGUAACAAAAUGUGGAAAAAGUCAAGGGUUCUGAAUACUUUCCGAAUGCACUGGACAUGUAUAGCCUAUGAAUGAAUAUCCCUUCCCUACCCCUCUCUCUCUGUAGGUAUAAUAACUUUAAGGAGGACCCGUUGUCUCGGUGUGAGGGCUGUGACCCGCCUGCUAAUGGAGAGAACACCAUCUCAGCCCGGUCCGACCUGAACCCGGCUAACGGAACGUAUCCCUUCGGAGCGCUGAAGCAGAGACCACAUGGAGGACCGGAUAUGAAGGUAAGGUCGUCCUCCACUUCUACCUUCUAUCACUCUAGGUAUGAGUUAGGUGAGCUGUUAUGUCAUGCUUCUUAUAGGUGUCACUAAUUGGCUGUGUGUGUACCUUUGGGUGUGUGUAGGUGACGUCUUACGGGCUGUGGCGUGAGUUUGGCUUCCUGGCAGCGAGUGGACCG